ACUUGAUAGUUUUGCUCCGUGCGCUGCAUAUUAGUUUCGUCAUAAUUCUAAGCAUUACUUAAUAUUGGCGAUUUGUUCAAUUUAUUGACUUCUCUCACGGUAUUGUAAGACUUACUAAAUCAAUUACGUGAAGCAUAUUAUAACUUUACAUAGUCAAAAUGGCGGAAGUGGGAUUCCCCGGACAGCACACCACCACCACCACGGUGACGUCCAGCACCACCGUCCAGACCAACCUGAGGUUUGACCCGCUGUACGUGAGGACCAUACCUGGGAUACUAAAAGUUGUGCAAGUUUUGAGCAGCCUGAUCGGCUUCCUCUGCAUCCAAUGCUCCCGGUACAGCCACCUGUCGAAAGGUUCCUACUUCAUCUGGAUCUCCAUGUUCGCGUUCUGGUUCACCGGCAUCUUGUUGUUCCUGUACCUGUUCCACAUGGUGGAGAAGUUCUACAAGAUCCCCUGGCUGAAGAUAGAGUUUGUGUUCUGCGCGUUAUGGACCUUGCUGUACUUGAUAGCAGCUUCUUUGGCUACCACGGUGUAUAACGGAGGAUAUUCUGCUGGCGCGUUCUUCGGCUUCGUAGCGACGUUGGCGUACGCUAUCGACGCGUUCCUGAAGUACCGCGGCGUGCGCGCAGGCGGCCUGGCGCAGGGCUCGCGCGUGGUGUCCAAGCAGACCACCACGGUGGAGUCCCCGCCGCCCCGCGAGGGCUACUAACGUGAACUAGUGCUUCUCGAUAUCAGUUCUUGUGUCUUGUGGUGUUCAGUUUAAAUUUGAAGAGUUCCAUUGUCUGAAUAAAACAGGAGUACAAUGUGGCUGUCAACAUCAAUUCUUGUGUUUUAUAAUGGUUUUCAUAAAGUGUAGUACUACGGAGUCAGUCAAGUGAGAAGUGUUUAAGAACUUUGUUUCUUGUGUUUAAAAGGAUAAAGUUUAAUGACAAGUGUUAAUUUUAACUACUUACUUACCUUUAAUAUGUUUUUUUACUCCGAAAUAGAUUAUGCACUAUUAUAAGAUAAUUAUAUUACGAAAAAACUUUUUAUCCAGAUCGACAAAUUCGUCAAAUUAUUCAUCUUGUUUUAUGUGAAUUGAUGAAUUAAGUGUGUCCUCUCCUGUUAUUAUAUUUAAAACCUAAAAUAACAUGACAUAAUGAGGUAAUUUUAUGUAAUUUUAAGAAAUUAGUUAUGUAUGAAAUAUCUACUUAAUCAGAGUCACAAAUAGUUUAAUGGAGAUGUUCUACACCUAAUAUAAAACACGAAAAAUAUUAAAAUUCAUGUAGUCGUUUAGACUUCACUUGCCUUGCACCUAGUCAUGCAAGAAAAGUAUCUUAACUUGCACUAUUGUUACGGCUCAAAUAAUAGAUAUAUUGGCAAGUAAUAACAUAAAGAAAAAAAAAGUUUCUAGGCUUUAAUUGAAAUUUGACAAUUGAAUUUUUGACAGUUCCUCAACCAAUGGAAAAGAGCCGAAUUAUUUGCUAUAUUUUAAUUGGUUUAUUAAGAUUUGCCGCCAUUUUUGCAUCACAAGAAAUAUACAAUUGAUGAUUUAGGAUUUGGAUCGAUUUUAAUGAGAUAUUUAUCUAUUUAAUGUUUUUGUUUUUAAAGUUUAUAUGGUUUUAGUUUGAACAAAAUGUACCUUAAAAUGUUAUGUAAGUACUUACCAUAAAUUGCUAACCUUUUAUAAAUAAUCUUUUCUUUUUUUCUCUAAUACGAAUUCAGUCUAGAAUAUAGUUUUUAUUAAUAUGGUUAUAACACGAAGGCCAGAUAACAUUUUUUUGAUGAUAUAAAUUUAUCUCCAGUCUUUGAAAUUACUUUAUAUAUAUCUUGAAUAAAAUGCUAACUUUAGCGCGUAACGAAUUUAUGAAAAUCUAAAUGAGAUUGGUCAAUUAGAUAAGGCGUAAAGAGGAAACAAACAAACACAUACAUAUUUACAUUUAUAAUAUAUGAAUGGAAAAUGAUGCCGUAAGGCGUUCAUUUCAUUUGUUUUUUGUUCACUUCCUUUUAAAAAACUGAAAAAGGUACUAUAUACUUCUGCAUGGAAUUACCAAAGAUUCUACCAAGUAGGUAUGAGAAUGCAUAUAAUAUAUAUUUUGAUUAUAAUUUUAGUCCGGUAUAUUUUUAACAACUCGUGAGAUCAAUGUUUGGUGUUCUGUAUGAGGUCUGUACUGAUAAAGUUUACAUAUUUGAAGGGAAAAUGAAAGUUUCAAUUUAAUUGAAAUUACAAAAAAAUAGUUUAAGAUUUGCGUUGAAUAAUCAACUAAUACUUGUACUUUAAAAUUACUUUCAUCAUUCAAGAUAAUUUUAAUUAUAUGUAUAAAAAAAAUAAGAUUGUAUAAUUUUAGUGAUGUGACAUUUAUUCACGUUUUACACAAGAUUAAAAUUGAUUAAUUUUAUAACAUAAGACUAAAUAUAAAAAUUACAAAACUAUUUAUACAUCUUGUGUACCUAUGAAUGAAUUUUUUUAUAUAACUGUGCAUACAGAUUACAUAACAUUAAAUAAACAUACACAGAUUAUAAAACAUGUUAUGUAUUAAGUUAUUUAACAGGUGAUUAUUGUUACAGUUCAGUAUUGUUAUAUGUUGCAAAGUUGAUGUGUUAUACAACAUUGUUACAUAAUCUGUAUGCACCUUAACAUCAAUACUCUAAAAAUAAUUAUGACUAUUUAUUUCACAGUCAUCACAUCAUAGACAAAGCUGUGAAAAAACUAAAUCGCAAAUCAUACAGAAAGGACAUGAAACGUAAACCCCUUUGCGAAAGGUAUGACAUCAACCUAUUAAAUUAUAGAUUUUUUUUAUUUAUUUCUUGAAAGCUUAUUAUUAAAAUUUUAAUAAUUAUAAUAUUCUGUAAUCAAAAUUUACAAUGUGGAUAAAGUAAACUUAGUGGCAAGUGGAUAGAUGUGACCUCUGCCUAUCCGUUCGGGAAGUGGGCGUGAUUUUAUGUUUAUAUAUAUCAAAGUAUUAAAUGUAUAAAGUGAACUGACACAAAACCACAGUGAGUAACACAUUUACAUGUAUAUUAUGUUCUUUUUGUGUGAUUUUCUAUUAAGGUUAAAUUAUUUUUUAAAUAAUUUCUUAAAACAACUGCAAACAUUCAAUUACGCACAUAAUAUAUUUUAAAAUUAACUUAACACUUUUUAUAAGUAUUUUUUAAUCAAGUUAAAUAAUUGACAUUCUAAUGAAAAUAAGUGUUUUGCAAUUUGUAACGAGGUUACGUUUGAAGUGUGCUAUUAAUCAUAUUCAAAGAAUGAUCGUUAUUUUAUGUAUUAAUGAUUGUAAUUUGUCACAAGUUUAUAUAGUGAAAGGAAGACAUAUUUAGUCUAUCUGGGGGCACGGUAGUGCACCCGCCAAGACGAGCCAAGCAAAGCUAAAAACUACCUAACUUUUUUCGAAACGUUUCGUGUUUUCGUCUAGUCUCUAUCUUUAUUAUCGUAGCGUAUGCUCGGAAAGCGAUUGCGAUUUAUAUUUAAUCCGUUCAAUCGAAACGAAUCUAAAAUGGCGGCAUGUACUUGCAGUGACAGAUCGUAGGGUUAGCAAAACAAUUCGUUUGUUU